AACACUGCUUCAUUAACGAGUUAACGACACGAGUCAGUGUGAAACAACAUCGUGAAUUGAACGCGUGUGUCGGAAUUUUGAAGUGUUUGAAUUUGGAAUUCGUGAAUUUGGGAAAUAUGUCGUGUCCAAUGAGAUCAGCGUUGGAAGAUAUAGGGCAGGAUGGCAGCCAUCUGGGAAAUGAAGCUGGGAUGCUGUAUGGGGAAUACCUCAUGCUGGACAAGCUGCUCAGUGCCCAGCGCAUGCUCAGUGCUGAGUCCUCGAAACCUGUUCACGAUGAGCACUUAUUUAUCGUGACUCAUCAAGCUUACGAGUUGUGGUUCAAGCAAAUAAUCUUCGAGGUGGACUCUGUGAGAUCUAUGCUGAAUGUGGAAGGUCUGGAUGAGGGUCACACCAUGGAAAUCCUCAAGAGAAUGAACAGAGUAGUUCUUAUAUUAAAGCUACUAGUAGAUCAGGUAAUGAUCUUGGAGACAAUGACACCUUUAGACUUCAUGGAUUUCAGGCAGUAUUUGCGUCCAGCUUCGGGUUUCCAAAGUCUACAGUUUAGGCUUCUUGAGAAUAAGUUGGGUCUCAAACAAGCUCUGCGCGUAAAAUACAAUCAAAAUUACCAAACAGUCUUCGGAGACGAUCCGGAAGCUAUGGAGGCUUUGAAAAAAUCAGAAGAGGAGCCAGCUCUCUUAGCUUUAAUCGAGCGAUGGCUGGAGCGUACUCCCGGCUUGAACACGCACGGCUUCAAUUUCUGGGGAAAAUUCCAAGCUGUUGUUGACAAAGUUCUAGCUGAGGAUAUUGAAGAGGCCAUGCGAGAACCCCACGAAGACGUCCGCCGUCACCGUCUCCAAGAUAUUGAAAAUCGUCGAGAAAUCUAUCGCUCCAUUUUCGAUCCUGCCGUCCAUGAUGCUCUAAGGUCUAGGGGAGAAAGAAGGUUGUCUCACAAGGCACUGCAGGGUGCCAUCAUGAUAACUUUUUAUCGCGAUGAGCCCCGCUUUUCUCAACCCCAUCAGCUCCUAACUCUGCUUAUGGAUAUGGACAGUCUUAUCACCAAGUGGCGAUACAAUCACGUGAUAAUGGUCCAGCGUAUGAUUGGCUCCCAGCAGCUUGGUACUGGUGGAUCAUCGGGGUACCAAUACUUAAGAUCUACUCUCAGUGACCGCUACAAAGUUUUUCUGGACCUCUUCAAUCUCUCUACUUUCCUUCUGCCUCGGUCUCUCAUUCCACCUCUGGAUGAUGGUAUGAAACGGGACUUAAACCUCACAUGGGGAGAACCAGUUAAGGAAAAUGAAAGAAGCAGUCAAAAUGGCUUAGAAAAUUCAAAUUUAUAGGUUUUUCUAUAUAACAGUCUGUAUAACAAAUAUAUUACAAAACCAUUAAAGGAAUUAUCAAUAGGGUAUUACAAACCUUGUCAAUUAAAUUUUUUAAUAUUAUUGUUUUUGACGUAAUGAAAUCGAAAUCAAAAAAAAUAUUUUCCCCCGAAAACAACCGCAAUGACGUCAUUCAAGGAGCCGAUGUCAAUCUGAGAAAUGUCAAGUGUCAUGAAGUUGUCAAAUAAAGAUGGAUGGCAAUGCAUAGUGCAUUAUUACUGUAAACUACACAAAUGACAUUAACUAAAUACAGAUAACAUCAAGUGACAUCAUUACUGUUUGUAACUGAUUAAUAGUUUCAAAACUGGAAAACAUUAAUAUAAAAAUUAAAUUGAAUUGUACGAACAUUAAAAAUACCCAAUUAAAAGUUAUUUGUCCAACAUCUAUGGCUGUUUUUUAUAGAAUGUUUAUAUGGAGUCUGUGCGGAUUUUACCAAGAAUUUUAGUAAAUUAUAGAGAGUUCCUAGUAUAGUACGUAUAAAAAGAUAUUUUGUCGAUAGAUAAAAAUUUAUUAGACAAUUGUACCUUACAAAUAGUUAUAC